AUGCUAUAUACAAAUGCACAAAGUUUAACGGCGCAUAAAGAUGAGAUACAGCAUCAGAUUUUGAAGAAAAUAAAUCUUGCAUUCUUAGCACUGUCAGAAACUAGAUUGACUGAUGAGAUUGAUGAUAGUGAAGUGAGCGUUCAGGGUUAUACGGUAGAAGUAAAAGAAAAAUUGUGUAAAGAAGUAAUUAUGGUAGUAUGUCAUUCACCAAGCGCGUCGCAUGGUGACGUAAUGAGAUUUCUGGAAGAUAUAGUAGAGGAGUUAACAAUAAAAGAAAAAUGUAUAGUAAUUAGUGACUUUAAUAUAGAUUUUAUGAUAUAUUCCUUUUAUGCGAAGAAGCUGCAAACGAUAAUGCUAAGCUUAGGUAUGAAACAAUACGUUAAUAAACCGACAAAAAUCACGAAAGACAGUCAGAUAAUCAUUGAUUUAAUCUUCGCUAACAAUGAUAGUUUAGAAGUACAGGUAGUUUACGAACCUAAAAUUACGGAUCACGCAUGGCUUCAAGUUAAAUUUGGUGCUAAAAGAAGUAAAAAUAACUAUAGAGAAUUUAGCGCUAGAAGAUUUAAGAACUUUGAUGUAAGUGAAUUUACCAGAUUAGUAGAAAAUAAAUUGCAUAAAAGACAAGAUAUGAAUGUCAGUAUGAGAGCGACAAAGCUUGUUGACAGUAUAGUAGAAGCGUUAGAUAUAGUGGCGCCGAUAAGAAAGUUUAGAAUUCUAAAGGUGUGGGAAGGGAAAAAGUGGUUCUCAGAUGAAAUAAGAGAAGCAGCUGAUAGAAGAGAUAAAGCAUACAAGAAAGCGGUUUAUGAAACUAAUCUCAACAAAGAAAAUUUUACGACUAUGUGGAAAACCUUGAAAGAAAUAAUUAAAGGUAAGUCUAGCGGUAUUAAUAAAAUAAUUAUUUAUGUUAUCGAGAACAAAGGAAUUAUGGAAAAUUUCGAGAUGAUAGAGCUAGACGAGUUAGAAAAAAUUAUUAUGAGAUUACCAAAAACGAAAGGUACGGAUGAGGGGAUAACUAGUGAUGUAUUAAAAGCAGCUUUUUGCGUAAUAAAAGAGGAGUUUGCAGAUAUUAUACACAGUUCUUUGAGAGUUGAUUUCUGUCCGGAAGGAUGGAAAACUUCGACGAUAGUGCCGAUACCAAAAAUAAAUAAAGCGAAAAAAGCAAGUGAAUACAGACCUAUUAAUAUAUUACCAGUAUUUGAGAAAGUGUUAGAAUUAGUAGUAAAAGAACAGCUUAAAAUGUAUCUAGAAAGUAANGCUAUUAUUACAGAGCAUCAGUCGGAGUUCAGAAAACAGUAUUCGUGCGAGACAGCGAUUCAAACUGUCAUUGACGAAUGGAAACUAGUAGUAAGUGAGAGACAAAUGGUGGGAGUAAUUUUCAUGGACCUUAAAAGAGCGUUCAAGACAAUAGAUAGAGAAAGAUUAUUAGGGAAAUUGUAUCAGUAUGGAAUUAGAGAAGUGGUCUUAGAGUGGCUUAAAUCGUAUCUAAGCAAUAGAAAACAGCAAGUGCAAUUUAAUCAUAAGUGGUCUAGAUUACUAACAACAGAAUAUGGAAUACCACAGAGAUCAGUACUGGGACCUUUGUUAUUUGUAGUAUAUAUAAAUGAUAUAAUCAAAAUCUGUCCAAAAGGAUGCAGUAUAAAAAUGUUUGCUGAUGACACCUUAAUAUACGUAAGUGGAGAAAGUAGCACGGAUUUAGAAAGUAAAAUGAAUACAGCAUUUAAUGUAGUCGAGCAGUGGAUGAAUAUAAACAAGCUAAAAAUGAAUGCGGAAAAAACGAAAUUUAUGAUAGUCAGAAGUAUACGAAAAGAAUUGAGAAGUAUUAUUACACUGAAAUGCCUGGACGGUAUUGAGAUAGAGCGUGUAGAAACAAUGAAGUAUCUAG